GCCCAUCAUACACAAUAACCCAACUUGUAAGCCCUUAUUUUUCUCCCCCUUUCUCUGUCCCUGCGUCUCCGUGCAACCGCCGACUGCCUACGCCGCUCCACUCGCCGGCAAAGCCGCCGUCAUCACCAUUUCCAGUUUCCUCAUCUCUUUAACUUAGGUGUUAGGGAUCAAGGUUAUGCUCAAAUGGCCAUUCCAACACCAAAACUUCUCAAGAUAAAUUGGUGUUCUUCACGGUCAAUAGCUAGUUCAGAUGUAUACAGAGUGUAUGAUAUUUUAUACACUUCAUUUUGCACCAUGACUGAAUGCCCAAAAGUCGAUGAGGUUGAUGAUCCGGUAGAGGUAACCGAAUCUCCGGAUCUUCCAAUUUGGGUUAGAAUUACAGAAAAUGAUAGUCUAGUAACAAAGACACCAGAGGAUGAUUUCAUGCUCCCUUCGGUAUCUUAUUGGAUGGAAAACUAUAAACGCGAAGAACCCAAGGUAUACGAUAAAGUCACUGUAGGUAACAAGGGCGAGAGCGAUACAAAAAAGAUAACGAAAGUUUUAACGAAGCAUUUUGAAUCGGUUGAGUCUGUUGUACGAGCUUUAAAUGACUGUAACAUUGCUCCAUCUGAAAGCUUAGUUGCUCAAAUGCUGAAAAGAUUUGAUAAUAACUGGAAGUCGGCUUAUGGUGUGUUUACAUGGGCUGAAUCAUGCUUAGGUUCCAAGUUUUCACCUGAUAUGUAUGACUUGUUGGUUGAUUGUUUGGGGAAGUCGAAGAAGUUUGAUCUGAUGCGGCAGGUGGUUAAACAUAUGGUUCAGAUUGGAGACGAUUAUGUUACGGUGAACACUAUCGCAAAGGUCAUAAGGAGGCUCGCAAAGGCGGGACUGCAUGAAGCAGCGAUAGACGAGUUUAGAGGAAUCGAGCAAUUUGGGGUUAAAAGAGAUCUUUUGGCGUUGAAUAUAUUGGUUGAUGCAUUAGCGAAAGAAAAGAACGUUGAGCGCGCUAAUGACGUAUUUGUUGAGUUUAAGGAUGAAAUACCUCCGAAUUCUCAUACUUUUAAUUCGUUGAUACAUGGCUGGGCUAAAGCUCGGGAUAUUGGAAAGAUUCAAGCCACCAUGGAGGAGAUGAAGAAACACGGGAUUUGUCCUGAUGUUGUUUCUUAUACGUCUUUGAUAGAAGCUUAUUGUAGUGAAAAAGAUUUCAGAAAGGUUGAUCAAGUUUUAGAGGAAAUGCAACAAAAAGGAUGCCCUCCGAAUAUUAUAACGUACACUAUUAUAAUGCAUGCUCGUGGGAAGUCGAAGGAAAUCGAUGAAGCUUUAAAGGUUUAUGAGAAAAUAAAGUCCGAUAAUUGCGUCCUUGAUGCAUCAUUUUUCAGCUCUUUGAUUCACAUUUUGUCGAAAGCUGGUAGACUAAAGGACGCACGUGAAGUGUUUGAUGAAAUGCCUGACCAAGGAGUUAAACGCGACACUCAUACGUUUAACACCAUGAUAACUAGUGUUUGUGAGCACACUCAAGAAGAGGAUGCACUCAAGCUGCUACAUGAGAUGGAAAAGUGUGGCGUGAAACCCAACUUUGACACGUAUGCGCCAUUGUUAAAGAUGUGUUUAAAGUUGAAAAGAAUGAAGGUGGUUUCUUUCUUGUUGAAUCAUAUGUUGGACAAUAAUGUUAGUGUUGGACUUGGAACGUAUAGCCUUUUGGUUCGCGGGUUAUGCAAGAACGGAAAACUUAAACACGCAUGCUUGUUUUUGGAAGAUGCGGUGAUGAGAGGUUUUGUCCCUUAUGAUACAAUGUUUAAGUUGUUGGAAACCGAGCUCGAAAAAGAGGGCAUGAUCGAAGAAAAGAAGAGGAUACAAGAGUUGAAGUUAAUUCGACCCGCCGAAGAAAAUAUGACUCCUACUUAGAUGUGGCAAAAGUGUUAUGGUUUCUCGUUUGUUUUCAUUGAUUGUCGUUAAACUCUUCGUGCAUUUUACUUUAGAUUAAAGGGUUCGGAUAACAAAAGCUUUCUAAAAAUUC